ACAGCUUUACACCCCCACCACCACUCCUAAAGUUCAGUUAUUAUCUCGCGUUUUCUUAUUCAAGAGCAGUACAUAAUGAACUGAACCCUGAAGUCAUUGAUAUUCUAUAUGUGAAUCACGAAAACUCGAUUUCCGUAGCUGAUUGUUUAACACGUUUUGUGGUUGCGUUUACAUCGGUGAUGUUUAUGAGUGUCGGAGCUCGCGCUUUGCUUUGCUGUGAUCAGUCUGUAGAGCUUUAGCGCGUGAGCUAACAGUUUACCACAUGAGCGUGUCACUCGUAGUGAUCCGUUUGGAGCUCGCGCACCGGUCGCUCAUGCCACAAGACUUUCAGUACUGUGCCGAUGAGAUGUCUGAAGAGGAGAUGAGAGACAAGGCCCUGGCCUCUGCCAGGAUGGCACUAGGGGGCAAGACGGAGCUAGAGAAGGCUGCCAUCCUCCAUCAGCACAUCGGUAGCCGGGCCAUGUCAGACAUGGUGAUUGAGACUUUGGUGGCGAGUUCAGAUGGAGGUGAGGAGAAAGGGGGCACGCAGUCAACAGAGGAAAGUGGCAGCAGUAAAACUGAGGAAGUCGAUGCCACCAAAGUUCCUGACUCGCCCUCUAAACAGCUUCCAGAUCAGAUCUCUUUCUUCAGUGGCAACCCAUCUGUGGAGAUCAUCCAUGGCAUCAUGCACCUCUACAAGACAAACAAGAUGACGUCGUUGACAGAGGAUGUGAGGCGCAGCGCCAUGCUUUGCGUGCUCAGUGUGCCGACAACAAUGACCAGCCAUGACCUCAUGAAGUUUGUGGCACCCUUUAAUGACGUCAUGGAGCACAUGAAGAUUAUCCGUGACUCAACACCCAACCAGUACAUGGUGUUGAUUAAGUUUGCCACCCAGGCUGAUGCUGACAGCUUCUAUACAACCUGCAAUGGCCGGCAGUUCAACUCCAUCGAGGACGCUGUUUGCCAGCUGGUCUAUGUGGAGAGGGCCGAGGUGAUCAAGUCUGAAGAGGGAGCCAGUUUACCAGUGAUGGACCUGACCGAGCUCCCUAAGUGCACGGUGUGUCUGGAGCGCAUGGAUGAGUCGGUGAACGGUGUGCUCACCACCCUGUGUAACCACAGCUUCCACAGCCAGUGCCUGCAGCGUUGGGAGGAUGCCUCGUGCCCUGUGUGCAGGUACUGUCAAACCCCGGAGCCUGUGGAGGAGAAUAAAUGCUUUGAGUGCGGCGUGCAAGAGAACUUGUGGAUCUGCCUGAUUUGCGGCCACAUCGGGUGCGGACGCUAUGUAAGUCGCCAUGCCUACAAGCACUUCGAGGAAACACAGCACACCUAUGCCAUGCAGCUGACCAACCACAGAGUCUGGGAUUAUGCAGGCGAUAACUACGUGCAUCGGCUGGUGGCCAGCAAGACAGAUGGCAAAAUGGUACAGUACGAGUGCGAGGGUGACUCCUGUCAGGAUGAGAAGAUCGACUCUCUACAGCUUGAGUAUUCUUAUUUGCUGACCAGCCAACUGGAAUCACAACGCAUCUACUGGGAAAAUAAAAUUGUACAUCUAGAAAAAGAAACAGCAGAAGAGAUCAACAACAUGAAAGCCAAAUUCAAGGAGACGAUUGAGAGGUGCGAUAACUUGGAACUCAAGCUGAAUGAAUUAACCAAAGAGAAACAGACCAUGGAGAAAAAAUGCUCACAGCUGAACAACAAGGUGGCCAAGCUGGGCCAGGAGCUGCGGGAAGAACAGGAAAUGAACCGAUGUCUACGAGCCAAUCAGCAGCAGCUCCAGGCAAAGCUGCAGGAAGAGGAGAGUCGAGGUAGUGAGACGGCUGCAAACAAGGACACCCAGAUUGCCGAGCUUCAGGAGCAACUGCGAGACGUCAUGUUCUACCUGGAGACACAACAGCAGAUCAGCCGCAUGCCCGCCGAGACGCGGCAGGAGAUCCAGGAGGGUCAGAUAAACAUCGCCUCAGCCCCUGCAGCAUCCACGCCAGGGCCCUCUACACACGGCUCGGGCAAGACAGGUUCAAGGAAGGGGCGGGCCAAGAGAGGGAAGUAGCCAGUCAGUGGCGUGGGCCGGGGUUACAUGACCGUUUAUGACACAAGGCCCACCUUAGCCCACAAGUGCCACCAUGAGACUGUAGAAUAAAGCUACAGCCUGUAAAAUAUUUAGUCAGUCCACUCACCUAGUCCUGUAAUUGUCACCUCUUAAUACAAGAUAAGAGGUUGAAGAAGAUGCACUAUAUUAAAGGUAAUGUACAUACUACACUAAAGGAUGACUUUAGACCAUUGUUAUUUGAUGAGCUCCAGUUUAGGAUACUCAACACCCUGAGCUGGCAAGUCGUUAAUUAUCAGCAUAUUAAUUGUCCUCGUUUAAGUGUGCACUUCUGUAUAUUUGUUGGUGCCUAUAGAAGAGACCUAUUUUGUAUUUCUUUAAAUUCAUAAAGAAAGUGUUAUUAAAUGUAAUCUACUGGGAGCUGACAUGCUGGAAAAAUAUAACACACACUGACUGUUAAAGAUUUAAUGCAAAAUGACACUUCUUUAUGUGAACACUCCUGACACCAAAAAUUAUAAUACCAGAAAUCCACAGUGUCAUGUCAACACUUACUAUAAUAAGGCUUAGGAAUGUAACUGCAUCCAUUAAAGAGGCCAUACUAGACUAAACUGUUACCAUCUUCUAUUGCUAUAACCUUUCUUUUUUUCUGUUAUGUUAUUUCUAAGGACAUGCACAGACUUCACCUUAAAGAAGUUACAAGUAUGACUGGCCGUAAUGAAUGUUGGCACUAAAUUGGUCUCAAAGGAUGCUAGCUGAAAGUGACGAAUGAUUCUUUUCUUUCAUAAAUUGUUUCUUUACUUAAGUUAUUGGUAAGUUCAUAUUCUGUUAAUAUGUCUUAUAAGAGUUGUGCCCUGGUUUCUAACACUCCAUGGGGAACAUUUAAUACCGGGAAGCCUUCGUAAUUAGCAAUUCUCCGAGUACACAAAGAAAAUCUGUCUAUGGCACGUAGUGCAGUCAUGCUUUCAAUUCAGCAUCCAAUAUUCAGGCAAACCUGCUAACUUCAGCCGAGGUACAUGAUGUAAGCAGUGUUCCUGUGUUUUGACUGUGUUCUUCUGACUUUCAGAUUUAGUUACAGGUUAACUGACUAUAACAAAAAAUACUCUCUUUUAAUCCUCCUCUCAGUCAUGUUUAUAUUUCAGAGGCAGAACCUGUUAAUUACACUUGGCAUAUGAAUAAAAAUAUUUAAAAAACAAA